AGGGUGAUGAGGACGAUUGAUGAUAGAAUUGUCCAUGAAUUAAACACAACGAUUCCAACAGCUUCCUUUGUGGCGAAGGUUGAUGCCGGCCAGACGUGUAAAGAGCUGUACCAGUCUUUGACGGAUGCUCACACCAAUAGAGAAAGAAUCAUCAAAAACUGCAUUGCACAGACUUCCACUGUAGUGAAAACUCUCAGAGAAGAGAGGGAAAAGGCCCAAGAUGAUGUAGCACUAUUAAAGCAACUCAGGAAAGAGCAGACAAAGUUGAAAUUGAUGCAGUCGGAGCUGAAUGUUGAAGAAGUGGUAAACGACAGAAGCUGGAAGGUAUUUAAUGAGCGCUGCCGAAUUCACUACAAGCCUCCGAAGAGUCAAUGAUGUGGGACAUUUCCAUCACGGUGGUCCAUUACUGUGAGAGCCAAACUGGAAAGAGACCUUGGGUGAGCUGUACUGGGACCCUCCAGAACCAGUAGAACCCAGUCUUGUUUUGUUUUGGACCUACUUAGCUGAAAUCUCAAGGUUGAAAUGAUUCUCCUGUAAUUAAGAGAAAACAACUCAUCUUUUGUACAAAAUACGUGAACAAAUGAGUUUUAUAGUAUUAAAGUAAUUUUCAAAUGGAAUGCAAAAC